UUUUUUUUUUUAACUUUUAAUUGCCGGAAAACGCCCUCCGUCUCUCGUGCCCCGGCGGCGCAUAAACCCUGCAAAACCCCAAAGUUUGGCUCUUUUUAGUUGUCUCUUUCCCUCCCCAAUCUGAUGGAGACCCAAACCAGUGGCUGCGAUAACAUCGUCGGCGAUGAUACAUGGCGAGCGGAAGCAGAGAUCGGUGGCAACGAGAGGGCUUUGCAAGCGCUGCGAGAACUCAUCAUCUUCCCUUUUCGCUACCCUCUCGAAGCAAGAACUCUUGGCCUCAAAUGGUCUAGAGGGUUACUCCUAUACGGCCCUCCUGGUACCGGAAAGACAAGUUUGGUCCGUGCUGUUGUGCAGGAAUGUGAUGCGCAUUUGACUGUUUUAAGCCCUCAUUCAGUGCAUAGAGCUCAUGCUGGAGAAAGCGAGAAAGUCUUAAGGGAAGCUUUUGCUGAGGCUUCUUCCCACGCUGGUUCAGACAAGCCAUCUGUGAUUUUUAUCGAUGAAAUCGACGUUCUUUGUCCUCGGCGUAGUUCUAGAGGAGAGCAAGGUGUUCGUAUUGCUUCUCAGCUCUUUACACUCAUGGACUCAAACAAACCUUCAUCAUCUCCGCCAAGAGUUGUUGUUGUAGCAUCCACAAAUAGGUUGGAUGCAAUUGAUCCAGCGCUAAGAAGGGCGGGGCGGUUUGAUACUUUAGUUGAAGUGAGCACACCUAAUGAGGAGGAUCGCUUAAAAAUCCUGCAGCUGUACACAAAGAAAGUUAGCGUAGAUCCUACUCUCGAUCUGCAAGCCAUAGCAACGUCUUGCAACGGUUUUGUUGGAGCAGAUUUGGAAGCUUUAUGUCGUGAAGCAACCAUAUCCGCAAGCAAAAGAUCCUCAGAUUCUCUUAUCUUAACAUCACAAGACUUCAAGGUUGCAAAAUCUGUGGUUGGUCCAAGUAUAACAAGAGGGAUCACAGUUGAGAUCCCUAAAGUGACAUGGGACGACGUUGGUGGUCUUAAAGACUUGAAGAAAAAGCUCCAGCAAGCUGUUGAAUGGCCUAUCAAACACUCAGCUGCGUUUACAAAGGUGGGGAUAUCGCCGAUGCGGGGAAUACUCCUCCAUGGUCCUCCAGGUUGCUCAAAGACAACUCUUGCUAAAGCCGCUGCAAAUGCUGCUCAAGCUUCCUUCUUUUCCUUGUGCUGCGCGGAGCUGUUCUCUAUGUAUGUUGGAGAAGGUGAAGCGUUAUUGAGGAACACGUUUCAAAGAGCUAGACUUGCUUCUCCUAGUAUAAUAUUCUUUGAUGAAGCUGAUGUUGUCGCUUGUAAAAGAGGUGAUGAGGGGUCAAGCAAUAGUUCAACAGUUGGAGAAAGACUUCUGUCUACACUCUUAACCGAAAUGGAUGGUCUUGAAGAAGCAAAGGGGAUUCUUGUCCUGGCUGCUACAAACCGCCCCUAUGCAGUAGAUGCAGCUCUAAUGCGACCUGGUCGGUUCGAUCUCGUGCUGUAUGUCCCACCGCCUGAUGUAGAAGCUCGGUUAGAGAUACUGCAAGUGCAUACACGCAACAUGAGACUAGGAGACGAUGUUGACCUCAGAAAAAUGGCUGAGGAGACGGAACUUUUUACUGGUGCAGAGCUGGAGGGUCUAUGCAGAGAAAGUGGAACAGUGUCGCUUAGAGAAAACAUUGCAGCGAGCGGUGUCUUCAACCGCCAUUUCCAAACCGCGAAGAAGUCGCUUAAACCUGCGUUGACGGUUGAAGAAGUUGAGACUUAUGCAUCAUUCAGGAAGUCAAAGAGUUCGGAUUCAAGAACGGUUCGGGUUGAGAAAAAGAAAGUGAAUCACUCCAAUGUUCUGGGGUUAGGGUUGUCAUGGAAGGUUGGUGUAUUGAGCUUAAUGUUGGUUGCUGCUGGAAACUUUUACUUGAAGCAGACUAAACAUGGUGAACUAGCUGCUGCUACAUGAAUCUUCUAAAAGCCUUCUCUUUUUUUUUUAUUCUCAAUAUAGUAUCUUUUUGUU